AUGGCAAGGAAUUUUCAAGAAGGUAACUUUGAAAUUAAACCUUCAGGUAUUCCAACUUUUACUCGGAGACCAAUGGCUCAACAACAACAACCUCAACCUCAACCUCAACCACAAAUACAACAGGACUCUAGACCAGCUCUUUUGGAAGAACUAGAACGCACUCAACAAAGUAUCACCCAAGCCCUACGUCAGAUCGACCAAAACUUCUUCACAGCUCAGCAAAUUGUUCAUACUCGUAUCAUACCCCAGAUUGAAUCUUGUGGAAGAGAAUGUGCUGCGGUAAAAGCCAGCCUCUACAUGUGGAAAACCUUCUUUGAAGCCAGCGCAUACGUCAACCUAGACACAUAUGAACAAGACGUGGCUGGAGAGGUAGAUAUCCAAGAUUUUUCAGAACAAGAGCCUGAGUACGACGAAUCUGAGCAUCACAGCAUUCUUUCCAGUUCAAUCGAUCCAGAUAACCCAUUUGUAUCUCCAGGCACAAAUAAAAAGUUCCAGCGCCAAUUGGCAUCCUUAGAACUUGAAAGACCACCACAGACCCCAGUAAAAUUAACAACUACACAAGCGCACAACAACGACGUAGCUUCAACAGAGUCAUCCCCAUUUAAUUCACGAAUUGAAGAACAAGAAACCGUUAUACGAUCUACUCCCUUUUCCCGAAAUAUUUUACCAGAUACCGAUGGCUUCCCACGUAGCGUACUUCGCCAUCAGCUGCUUGACAAGAACGUCAUGGUAGUAGCCACUCCAAGGUCUAAAACCAGAGGCAAUAUCUCUGCAGCAACUCCAAUUGUACGAACUCCAGGUCUUCGCAAAAUAGAAUCACCUACAAAGAAACAAACACAGCAACAACAACUGUUGGCAUCAUCUCCACCACCAAAAUACUCCAUUGAGUACUUAGAACAAAAGUAUGGAACUCCAAGCGAAUGUGAUAUCCAACCCCCAGUCAUGCUCAGUAACCUAGAUAUAUCGGACUCACCUACCCAUAAACCAACUCGCAAAAGUACACCAAGCAGUGGAUCAAAGUCCUGGCAACCUUAUAUGACCCCACGCAAAAAUGCAGUUUCGCCUCCAUCGCCUGAUAUGUUACCUCCAGUUCUCUUAUCUGCACGAAAGCAAAACUCUCAACAAGAAAUUGAACAAAAUCAACAUGAACAGGAACAGAAACACUCACAAGAAACUACCCACGCGUCAUCGCCUACAACCAAUGAUCCUCCCCGUACACCUACAUCACAUCGCACGCUAUUCCCUUUGCUCCCAGACUCUGCCAGUAGUAACGAGGAACCUCCAGAAAUGACAUCGCAGUUUGCUUUUGAACAAGGAAUUGGUGGGGGUGGACGACUGGUGCGCACACCAGCAAAAGAUGCUGCCAAAGCUUUGGUCAAUGCAGCCAUGCAAGCCGCUUCUGGAGAUGACGGGCACCCACUGGAUCUAGACCAUCAUAAUCUUCAUAAUCAUCAUCAUGAAAUUAGUUCGGGGUUUGGAAGCGAUGAAGACGAGGCAAAUAGCUUUGAGUUCCCUGCGCGGGAUAUAGGGGGUGACAGUGACAGUGACAGUGACAGUGACAGUGACGGUGAUAGCGAUAGCGAUAGCAGCAAAUCAAGCGGAUUUACUAAUGAUUAA